AUGAAGACAUUCAAAUGUUGUUUUAAAUACCACCUAAAGCAGAAAGUUUUCAUCCUGUUUCUAACCCUAUGGCUGUUCUCCUUGUUGAAGCUUCUAAAUGUGAAACGCCUCCUCUUCCCUGAAAGAGGCAUUUACUUGGUUGAGUACUCUCUAAGUACCUCGCCUUUUGUAAAGAACAGAUAUACCCAUGUUAAGAAUGAAAUCGGGUAUGAGAUUAACUGUUCAGGUGUCUAUGAACAGGAGCCUUUGGAAAUUGGCAAGAGUCUGGAAAUAAGAAGAAGAACCAUCAUCGACUUGGAUGAUGAUGAUGUCGUGGCAAUGACCAGUGAUUGUGACAUUUAUCAGGCCCUACGAAGCUACCACGAAAAGCUUGUUUCAAGGGAGGAGAAAAGCUUCCCAAUAGCCUAUUCUUUGGUUGUUCACAAAGAUGCAAUUAUGGUUGAAAGGCUAAUCCAUGCUAUAUACAACCAGCACAAUAUUUACUGCAUCCAUUAUGACCGUAAAUCAUCUGAUACCUUCAAAGUUGCCAUGAACAAUUUAGCUAAGUGCUUCUCUAACAUUUUCAUUGCUUCCAAAUUAGAGAUUGUGCAAUAUGCACACAUUUCCAGACUCCAGGCUGAUUUAAAUUGCUUGUCAGACCUUCUGAAGUCUUCAGUUCAGUGGAAAUAUGUUAUCAACCUGUGUGGGCAGGAUUUUCCUUUGAAAUCAAACUUUGAAUUAGUGUCAGAGUUGAAGAAACUCAAUGGAUCAAAUAUGUUAGAGACAGUGAAACCCCCUAACACUAAGAUGGAAAGAUUCACUUAUCACCAUGAACUCAGACAGGUGCCUUAUGAAUAUGUGAAACUACCAGUGAGGACAAACAUCUCCAAGGAAGCCCCCCCUCAUAACAUUGAGAUAUUUGUUGGCAGUGCUUAUUUUGUUUUAAGUCGAGCAUUUGUUAAAUAUGUUCUCAACAACUCCCUCUUUAAAGACUUUUUUGCCUGGUCUAAAGAUACAUACUCACCUGAUGAGCACUUUUGGGCUACCUUAAUUCGGGUACCAGGAAUCCCCGGGGAGAUUUCUAGGACAGCCCAGGAUGUGUCUGACCUACAGAGUAAGACCCGCCUGGUCAAAUGGAACUAUCUAGAAGGGCUUUUCUAUCCCAGUUGUACUGGCUCUCACCUCCGAAGUGUGUGUAUCUAUGGAGCAGCAGAACUAAGGUGGCUUAUGAAAGAUGGACAUUGGUUUGCUAAUAAAUUUGAUUCUAAGGUGGACCCUGUCUUGAUUAAAUGCUUGGCGGAAAAGCUUGAAGAACAGCAGAGAGAGUGGAUCACUUUAUCUUCAGAAAAGUUAUUUAUGGCUAAAACAGCCACAACCACAUUAUGA